AUGGGUCAUAUUCCAUUCAAUGCACAAGUUGAGCUGUGCUCCAGUCUGGUGGUUUCGGAGAACCAGAAGAUAUCUCGACCACCUGGGAAAUCGAAAUCCUCCAAGUCCGCACUUCCUGGCCAACCAUGGAUCACUAUAGGUGAUCCAACUCUGCCCCUCUAUCUUAGAAAGGAGCUUUUGACGCCAGAUCUCAACCAACUGGCCCCCUAUCUCUGGAUGGUCGCCACCCAGGAUAGCAGCCAUAUCUCUUCUCUAACCCAUCAGAUGGUGCGCGGCCGAUCGAUUGUCAUCACGGAGAAUCCUGAACUACACCUCGUCUGGUAUGAGGGCCGAGUGUUCGUCAAGCCCCCCCCCAAGUAUCUUCUUUCUUUUGCCUUCUGGGUAUACUAUCUGGACCCGUCAUCAUCCUCGUCGCCGAUUCCACCCCAGUCGCGCCAAGAAAUUGCCAGUGCUGCCCUGGGGUUGAUUCGGUCUUAUGUGUAUUUAAUCCGCAGCAAGUCCGACUUCCGUCUUGCCCGCAGUGACAGCGAUGAAUCCAAGCGACUGAUUCCCGGCCGCAUUUCGUUUACGCAGUUUGUGGCUUUUAUUUCAUGCUUUGAGCACCUGGGAGAUGCAGUGAUGCCACCCCGGUAUGCAUUUGGCGAACUUCGCCUCUCGCGGCUCAAUCUCUGGGCGAAGCUGGUUCUCCGGAGAUUCCAUUUCCACAAGGCAUAUGGCCAGUAUGGAGCAUACUUUAUGCGCUUGUAUGCCCCGGUCGCCAUCAUCUUUGCUUUCUACAGCGUCGCCCUCAACGCAAUGCAGGUGGUGUUGGCGGCCGAGUCUCUCCUUCAGGCACAGACGUCGUGGGAGGCAUUCGCCGAGGCUUGUCGGGGGUUUUCGGUGUUCACUCUGGUUUCCGCUGUGGCUGCCUGUCUUGGGCUGCUAGGCUUGUUUGUUGGGCUGCUGCUGCGCGAGCUCGUCUUUGCACUAAGCCACUUGCGUGCCAAGCGAGGGAAGCGGACGGUGGCGCCUGCCGCAGAGGUUGCAUGA